AUGUUUAUGAGAUCAUUACAAAGAGCUGCUACUAAAGCCAACGUCAGUUCUACCACUUCUAGCAUUAUUAGAUUCAACAGUACUGUUGCUAAAUCAUCAACUACUACUCCAAGAGCUUUAUCCAAUGCUUAUAUUGGUAAUUUAGAAUCAAGAUGGACUUCAUUACCAAAACAAGAUCAACAAACUUUAAUAGAUGAAUUAAAAUCUAGAAUGGAAUUACCAUGGCAAGAAUUAACUCCAGCAGAAAAGAAAGCUGCUUAUUAUAUUUCUUUUGGUGAAUGGGGGCCAAGAACUCCAUUAUAUUUACCAGGGGAAAGAUCUCAAGUAUUUUGGAUUACUACUGGUUGUAUUGUUGCUUCAAUAGUAUUAUUCUUUGGUAUUAGACAAUUAGCUAAUCCUCCACCAAUUACUAUGAAUAAAGAAUGGCAAGAACAAUCUGAUGAUUAUUUGAAAUCUAAGAAUGCUAAUCCAUUCACUGGUUAUUCUCAAGUUCAAUAA